UUACCUGCUUCAGGUGAGAGUGAGAGUUGAGGAAACCAAAAACAAAACAACUGAUAGAACUGCACGGUUUGUUGGAUUAUUCUGAAAUCAGUUGCUCCGUUGAGAGGUUUUCAGUAAGAAGUUGACAUUUGGCUAUGAGCAAGUUUUGGAUCAACUUCCCCUUACCGCUGGCUGCAUUAUACAUCAUUGCAGCGUGUCUAAAUCAUGCAGCUCUUACGUGGGCUAUGAAGGUGACUUCCACUGGACCACUGACAAUCAAGAAAGCCCAGGGGGAGAGUCUUACUUUGGGCUGCACGUACACCCCGUUCGCCGAAGAUGUCGGAGACCUGGACAUUGAGUGGACAAUCGUCAAUCCAGACAUGACCCAGAAAGAUGAGCUGAUCUUAUCCUACAGCGGAGGGACCCUCCAUCAGCUAGGAAACGCAGACCUGAUGAGUCGCUUCAAGUUUGUUGGUGACCCGAGCCUCGGCGACGCCACCAUCACCUUCUCCACCCUCAAGGUCUCGGACACGGCCACGUACCAGUGCAAAGUGAAGAAGAUACCCGGCGUCGACUCCAGGAAAGUCACUUUAGUGGUGCUGGUACGACCUUCGCCCCCUAAAUGCUCGCUGGAAGGUAGCGAGGAGAAGGGCGGAACCGUUUCGCUCCGCUGCAAAACCACCCAGGGUUCAUCACCUCUGAAAUAUGCAUGGACCAAAGAAAGUGGAAACAUGCCACCAACCGCAACACAGAAUCCCCUGACCGGAGAGCUGCUCAUCUCAAACCACAGCGAGAGCUACACGGGGAAGUACUUCUGUGAGGUCAGCAAUGAAGUAGGAGCGGAGCGGUGCACAUACUCCCUUCAAGCAUAUAACCCAACCAAUAAAGUGGGAGUGAUUGUGGGAGCUGUGAUUGGUGUUUUGCUGUUGCUGCUCCUCCUCCUUUUACUGAUCUGGCUCCUGAUUUGCUGUUGCAACAAGCGGCGCUAUGAAAAAGAGGUAGCCAAUGAGAUCAGGGAGGACACCAGAGCUCCGGAGAGUCGUCCGGGAAGCCGCACCUCCAGCUUCCGUUCUGUAAUGAAUUACCACGUCCACCCCGGGAUCUAUUACAGCUCCGUAAAGAAAGCCGACGUCACACGGGCAGGAUCCGGUCGCAGCAGUGCCCACACCGAACGCAGCAGAGCCCAAAGGGAAGCCAGCAUGCUUGCGUCUGAUCACAGGCCUCAGCUCACGUACGACAGCAAAUACGGAUACCCCGUAUAACAUCUGAC